UAGAAGAGUUAAAUUUAAAGUUGCAGAAUUUAAUUGCUGAGGAACCGGACCAUUUUGAAACCGUUGUUGAUAAAGCAGAGUGUAAAACAGGAAAUAAAUUAUUUAGAUUCAGUCUUUGUUAACAUAACGGGCAAAAGUAUUCUUAGAUUCCAUAAGGAGAAAAGUUCAAAAUGGCUUCAAGAGUAUUUACUCAGGGUAGUUACCUCAGAAAGUGUGUUGUUUUGGUGUCAUCUCGAGGUAUAUCCAAGCACUCCAAGCUAUCUCCUUACCGUCAAAUUUUUAAUUCUCGUCUCAAUCAUUCAAUGUCAAGUAGAGGAGCACCUGAAAUAAAUACAAAUGUGCCGAAAGAACCAAACUUUUCCUCAGAGAACACAGUGGAAGGAGCCCCUCAACACUCUGAUGAGAAAAUUGCAAUUAAACUUGCCAAGCUCUCAGACCCAGAUACAUUUGGCACUCUGAACCCUCAAAAAACAAAGCAGUUGACUUACGAAAAAAUACUUGAUGAAUUACCAGAUGAAGAAGGUGACGUAAUUGUGGAAACUUAUGCCGAUCCAGAAACCCAGCGGCAUCGCUUAAAAAUUAUGGAAUAUCUCAAAAUGAUUGACGAUCUUAUUAAAGCUAAAAGAAUCAGAGAUGCUAUUGAUGUACUGGAGGUAAAAAUGUUGAAAGAGGAUCGCGCAAAGCCAACAUUUCACAUUUAUAACCAUCUCAUCACUGCUUGUGGGCAUGCUGGCUACACAAAAAAAGCGUUCAAGCUGUACAAUGAUAUGAAGAAACGAGGAGUAAGACCUAAUGGCGGUACUUAUACUUCGCUUUUUAAUGCUUGUGCUAAUUGCCCAUUUCCAGGGUAUGGAUUCCAGCAAGCCAAACAUUUGAAAGCAUUAAUGGAUGAGAAAUCUAUCUUCAUUAGGCCUAUUACUUAUCAUGCCAUGAUUAAAGCUUUUGGAAGAUGUGGUGCUGUAGACAUUGCUUUCAGUUUAGUGGAUGAAAUGAUCGAGAAAAAGUUGCCCUUGUCAGCAGAUACUUUUUGCUUUGUACUCCAAGCUUGCAUUUCAGAUAAAGAGGCUGGUUUUAGACUUGCUCUAGUUGUUUGGCACAAACUUAGGAGGAAAUGGAUUAAACCCGAUAUUUACAAUUACAAUUUGCUUCUCAGAACGGUGCGUGAGUGUGGAACAGGAGACCUUGUCACCUUUCAGCAAGCAAUUGAUGAGAUUAUGAAGGGCGGAGUGCCAAGCCCAGAGGAGCAUAAACUUCUUGACUCACCAGCAUCAGAGAAUAAUUCUAACCUACCAAGCUCCCAAGAAUCAUCAAGUCUCUCGGUCGACUUCAUUGAACCAAGUAAUGUCUCAGAAAAUAUUAGUCCUGUACCUUCUAUUUCUGAUGCGACAACCUCUCUUAAAGAACUUCCUGCCGAGAAUAGACCAAAUUUACUCACAUACAAACCUCAUUUGGGGAGUAUCUUAAGUUUAAAUGAAAUUAAAACGCCGCAAGACAGGCUGAUAUUACUUGGAGGAGUGAAUGGCAUUUUGGAAGAAAUGGAAAAAGAUGGCCUGAAACCUAAUGAUGUCACUUUUGGGUUACUGUUGGACUGUAUUCCACCCACUCUCACCGCUGAGAAAGCUCUAUUGUCAAUUAUAAAGAAGGAAAAUAUCAAGCUAAGAAUCCCAUUCUACAAUUCUCUCAUCAAAAGAAGAGCUUUGCGGUUUGAUUAUGCAAGUGCCCGAGAUGUUAUGACUCUUUUGAGAUUACACCAUGUGGAGCCGGAUAUUAUGACAUUUGGUGCGUUGGCAUUGUCCUGUAGAAAGAAAGGAGAGGCGGAGGAUCUGUUGCGACUCAUGAAAGAAGCUGAAUUUCACCCAAACAUUGAAAUACUUGGUGCCAUGAUGAGACAUGCGUGUAUUCAAUAUAGUUUUGGAUACAUUGUUUAUCUAAUGAAGUAUGUUAAGGAAGAGGAAAUUGAAGUGAAUGAAUUGUUCUUAAAACACUUGCAAACCUUACAUAACAAUGCUGUUAAAGCUUUUAAAAUUUUGCACAAGAGUAAGAAAACAAAGGAGAAUGCUAACAUUCCUGACUUCUUCCGCAGCCAAACUUUCCAAGAGAGCUUUACAAUGUUCCAAAAAUUUUAUACUUAUUGGCUCAAAACUAUAAAAAAGGAUCCUCAAGUGCAUCCAUGGGCAGAAGUAAAACAAAAACGGAAAACUGCUCAUAAUUAAGGUGAAAUAUUGUUUGAAAAAUUGUUAGCUGUACAGUAGAUUUCCCCCAGAAUAUGUUUAAGUUUAAAUUUCCACAAAUAUAUCCAUUUUUUACAAGGCUGA